CAAAACUCUUAAUUCAUUCAGGAGGUAUGAGCUUGGUUUGUUGAAUCAGCAGAGAUGCAUGUUCAAGCUAACCCCCAAUUCACGAAUCUGGAACACCAACCUUAACAAUCAUUCUUAGUAAGAUCAAAAUACAGAAUAUAUGGUACAGAACAGAGAAAUUUAUCUGCAACCCCUUAUGGACAUGGAGUCUCACAACAUGACCUUGUCAGCUGUUCUCAUGGCGCUCAUCUCAUCAGCCACCACUGCUACAACAAUCAACAACGUUAACCAAGACCUUGUCGUCGCCAUCGCAGAGAUGCAAACUGCCAACUACUUCACCUUCGUCAUGCUCAUCAAUAUGGUCCCUCCGAGCUUAAUUCAAGCGAAUAAUGUCACUUUCUUGAUGCCCAAUGAUCGGACCCUAGCAAAAACCACAAUCCCAGAGAAUAAUGGUGUUGUUGAUUUCUUACUCCGCCAUUCGAUCCCAUCCCCCUUGCUUUUUGACCACCUAGUUCAUAUCCCAACAGGUUCCAUAAUUCCAUCAUCAGAGCCCAAGUUCAUGCUUCAUAUUUCCAACAAUGGUAGGAAAAGUUUCUAUUUGAACAAUGUAAGAAUCAUUAGCCCUAAUAUAUGCACCGCCGGGUCUUCCAUUAGAUGCCAUGGCAUAGAUGGGGUGGUCAAAGCCAUUGCCACAGUGAGUCCUUCACCAUCUUGCUCUAAUAGUUCCAGUCCUAUGGCAGCAGCCACACCUCCUUCCCCAUCGUGGCCACCACCAUCAUCAGUGGCAGCAUCACCAGUGGGUACUCCUUCAAAUGCCCCACCGCCAACUGCUCAGAGUGACAGUCCAAAGAAAUCAGGCUCUUCUCAGCCGCUGCCUUUCGGAGGAUUGUCGUUGGAUUGAUGAUGGCAUUUCUGUUGGUGUUUCUAAUAUAGAUUUUUUUUUAGAUAGU